AUGAGUACACCAGAAUUACCAUAUGUAGUUGAUGCAGAUAUACCAUUAUCUCCUGAAGAAUUAAAUGUCCUUCGAAGACAAUAUUUACGAGAAGGAAAAGAUGUUACAACACAAACAAAAUUUAAUUAUGCAUGGGGUUUAAUUAAAAGUAAGAAGAAUACAGAGCAAGAAGAAGGAGUCAAAUUGUUGAAAGACAUAUUUAAAGAAUCCAAAGAGCGUCGUAGGGAAUGUCUUUUUUAUCUUGCAUUGGGACAUAAUAAAUUAGGGCAUUAUAAUAUAGCAAGAAGCUAUAAUAAUGAAUUGUUGUCAAUGGAUCCUGAAAAUUCACAAGCACUAUCUUUAAAAAAGAAGAUAGAAGAUAGUCUUAAUAAAGAGGGUAAAUUAGGAAUUGCCAUCGCAGCAUGUUUAACUACAAUAGCAGUUGUUGGUACUAUUUUAGUCACCUCACUUGGCAGAAGAAAUCAUAUUCAAUUUGAUAAAAACAAAUAUUUUCCAACAAUUGGUUUAGAUGAUUUGAUUAAACAAUUUGAUACAGCUUUAACAGUUCAAGGCAGAUUCAGUUCAUUCAAAUUGUCUAAUAAAUUGAUUGAUUAUAUUGAUUUUAUAUCUGGCGAAGUUGAAAAGGCCGAACAAGUAGAUUUUGAAAACAAAGAAAUAAGAUUUAUGUUAUAUUUUGGUAGAGAAUUAUUUAUGAAAAUUCCACAAAAUAUUAUUAAUGUUAAAGAUUGGUUUAAGAUAAAACGUGGUGGCAGAUUUGGUAUUCGUACAACAUUUCAACACGAUGCUUCAAUAAUUAUGAAUAAAUUAGAUUUAAUCAAAGAACAAUUUGGGUUCAGGGAACAUCCUAAUAAUAUUAACCUAAAUGGAAAACCAAUUAGUAUUACAAUUUAUUAUUUAGAUGAAGAAAAAGAAAAAAAAAUAAAACUACAUUGGGACAAAAUAAAUGAAAUUUGGAAGAUAACAGAAUCAAAAAGUGAUAUGAAACGAAAUGAUUCAAGACCAGAUCUUAGAUUUUCAGUGAAAACUCAAACUGAUAUCAAAGUUUCUGAUGAUAUAAUAAAAGUAAUUGAAGAAGUUCAAUUAAGCAAAUCGAUGAACCCAAAUGAUUUAUUAUAUUUUAGAAAAAGUGAUUUUGUUGAUAAAUUAGAAAUUGUCAGCAUUAGACAAAAAAUGAAUAAAAAACGAUACACUAAUGAAAAAUUUCAAAUUACAAUAAAUACAAUGUUACAAGAUGCAGGCGAAGAGUCUGUGGAAGAACAAAAAAUAUUUAAUUUAAAAUAUUUAACAUGGAAAGGUUUUUAUAAUAAUAAUAAAAACACCAACGGUAGCAAUAGAAACAAUAGAGGAAAACCUAUUAACAAAAAUUAUAUUUUCACCAUAACUCAAGAAAUAAUUGAAUAUGGAAGAGAGAUUGUUAAAUUUAUUUUUUAA